AUGUCUCGAUCAGUCCAGCCCCCAUCCAGAACCAUGGACGAAUUCGAAAGCCUCGUGUUCGAGUACACGGCACGGAUGAGCGAGCAUGAUCAAGAGCAUUGGGACUUCGAUCCCCGCGCCUGCAAUCUACGCUUCGAGUCCGCGGCACGAGGACCUCCCGCACAGGUGUCUUUUCUCUUCCAAAUAGCCCCCAAACUCUGUAACUUCAUGGGGAACCUGCAUGGCGGGUGCGCGGCCACGAUCAUCGAUUUUCUCUCCUCCACCAUCCUUCUGGGGGUCUCCAAGCCGGGGUUCUUCUCGCUGGGCGGCGUGAGUCGCAACCUCAAGAUUACGUAUCUGCGUCCUGUGCCGGUGGGCACUGAGGUCCGUCUGGUCUGCCAAGUCAUCCAUACGGGUCGGCGACUGGCGCUUCUGAGGGCGGAGAUCUUAAGGGCGGAUAAUGGAGAUCUAUGUGUGGUGGGUGAGCAUGAGAAGGCGAAUACAGAUCCGGAGGUGAAUGGGAAGAUGUGA